GGGAGAGGGGCGAAGCGCAGCGGGAGCAGCGGGGCUGUGCCCUGCCCCAGCCAUGGCUCGCCCCAGCAGCCGCCGCCGCCGCCCGUCCGGUUGCUAGCCCCGUGCCGGUCGGGUUGCGCGCCCGGGCCUGGGCUCCGCGAUGACUAUGAGCUCCCUGGCCGAGAGCCUGCUGGGGCCGGACCCCUCCAAAUCCGCGUUCCUGGAGUUCGGGCACGGCCACCCGCCCUCGCCCCAGCCGCCGCCCUCCCCCAGCCUGGCCCACGGCCACUACCCCCUCCACGGCUUGCACGAGGGGGGCCCCUUUGCACCCUACGGACGGUCCGUGGCUUACCCGUACCCCGGCUCGGCUGGCGGCACCCACCACCCGCACCAUCUCCACGGCAGCCCGUACCUGUCCUACCAGCAGCCGGCCAGCGCCCUGGGGCACCGGGGCAGACUAGAGGAGACAGAGCACGAGAAAACCACCGUGAUCGAGAACGGCGAGAUCCGCAUCAACGGCAAAGGGAAGAAAAUCCGCAAGCCCCGCACCAUCUACUCCAGCCUGCAGCUCCAGGCUCUCAACCAGCGCUUCCAGCAGACCCAGUAUCUGGCCCUCCCUGAAAGAGCGGAACUGGCAGCGCAGCUGGGACUGACCCAGACGCAGGUCAAGAUCUGGUUUCAGAACAAACGCUCCAAGUACAAGAAGAUCAUGAAGCAGGGCUCCAGCGUUCAGGAAGGGGAGCACCUCCACAACUCUGCAUCCUUGUCCCCCUGCUCACCCAACAUACCCCCUCUCUGGGACGUUUCCAUGGCUGGCAAAGGAGCCCCGAUCCCUCCUAGCAGCUACAUCAACAGUUUUGGACCUUGGUAUCAGCCACACCAGCAAGAUGCCAUGCCAAGACCACAUAUGAUGUGACACUGGGCUCUGCCUUGAUCCCUCCUCCCCACCCACCCCCAGAAAAAGAAACACAAGCCCUCAGCUCUUUGAGGAACUUAUGAAACCAUCAAGUCUCCGGGAGUUCCGCCGGCCACAUGGGAAAAUUCUCCAGGCCUUCUCCUGAGAACGUGGAACCUCUGUGAGGAGUUGAUGCUGACAUUUGCAUAGAGCAGAGGAGAGCAAAGGCAAUGAUGUUAUCCCUGCCAGGAAUAAAGAAAACCUACAAAGAAAUUGUUCACAAGUCUGGGGACCUGUUCAGAGACUGGCUUUUUUUCUCCUCUGCUCCUCAGAAAUGUAAAGAGGGAGGAGAUGAUCCUCAAUGGGCGUUAACUGGUGCCAAGUCAAUGGAACUCGGGCAAUUUACAUCAUCUGACAAUCUACCCCCCCCCCGAAAUCCCUCCCUCUCUUGGAUAAAGACUUUAUCGACUAUACAAUAUUACCCUCCUCCUUUUUUGUGCUGUAGGUAGCCCAUUCUAUACACAUCGACAGAUUUCUACUUGGAAAACUAUAUAUAUGUGUAUAUAAAUCUCUCUAUAAACUCUUCCAUACUGCAAAGCAAAUGCUCACUCCACAUUUGAGUGUCCUGCUGUUAAUAUUUUUAAAGUGCUUUAAUACCAGGAUUGUGUUUACAGACAGUGACUCAGAAGAGUUUGAGGAAUGUAAUUUCCCUCCAGGCCUUUUAUAAAGCACCCCCCCCCCCCCCCCACUGAAAGGCAGAGAGAGAACUUGUUCGCGUUCAGUUUUAUCCACCAAACAGUGGGGAUUUCUUUCUGGAAGAAUUUGUGAUUCGAUUUAACACACAUUCUCCACAUUCAUUCGAUCUCUAAUCCCCUCCUGUACCCGCCCACCUGAAGCCAUGGUUUCUCCCCUCCUGUCUGGCAAAGAUUUAUUUAUAAAUAACAUUUUGUUAUGAUGUUGUUUCUCUUUAUAAAUAGGAUGUAAAGCUGUAUAGUAAAUGUCUUUCCUUCCAUCGGUUUUUGCCCCUCCCAACCCUCCCCCCACAUUUUAUAAUACCCAUUUCUAAUGCAAUUUUUUAACUCUGGUCUAAGGAGGGGGAAUAGGUUUUCCCCUGGUCACUACAGGAAAACGUUGAGGAGAAAUGUUUUCUUUAACAAGAAUUGUUUCCAUGUUUUCCCAGUAAAAAGAAUCCAGUGGGGGGUAGGAUAGCCCAGUGGUUUGAGCAUUGGCCUGCUAAACCCAGGGUUGUGAGUUCAAUGAUCAAGGGGGCCAUUUGGGGCAAAAAUGGGGCUUGGUCCUGCUUUGAGCAGGGGGUUGGACUAGAUGACCUCCUAAGGUCCCUUCCAACCCUAAUAUUCUAUGAAUACUUGCUUGGAUUUUUGUUCUGAUUGCUUGGGACAAGGGCCCGCUGGCUGAGGACGUUUGCGCGGGCGCUUGACUUUACUACGGGUAGUAAAAUGUAGGCAGCAAGGGACCGAGAUCUGCAAAGUAGAAUCAGGGAGCACUGAGCUCCAGGCUGAACAAGCUCGGGGGGCGCAGAAUGAGCGUUUUAUUUCCCUAGGGGCCCGAUCCAAAGCUCCUGGGAAGCUUUUUGAGGGACCUAGGGCAGGGCUAGAAUUUCCCAUGCGGACAAUGCAAGCGAAGUGCAUUUGUGUUUUAUGCUAUGAGAAAAUUCCGGUUGGGGGGUUAUUACUGGUUUAUUAUUUAGCUCUCCAGCUGUGCCGAGGAGUACAGGGCAAAGGGAAGCCUUUCUCCAAGGAGAAAAGGAGGACUUGGGGCACCUUAGAGACAAACACAUUGAUUUGAGCAUAAGCUUUGGCGAGCUACAGCUCACUUCAUCGGAUGCAAGGGAAGCUUUCUCCCAUGAAAGGAGUGACUCCCUCCCCCAGGCAAACAAAAGGC